AUGGGCAUUAUAAUGAGUCGGCUGUUGCAAGCUGUCGAAAACAUGUACAUGUACAUGCUUGCCGCAACGAACCUCACUUGGAGGCGUCCAAAACGCGCAUACGCCAUCGUAGACGUUGCUGGUAAAGGCAAAGGAGUUGUGGCAACAGUGGACAUCCCCAAGGGCACACGAAUCAUCUGCGAAACACCGAUUCUGAUCUUGGAUCAACGUGUCCCAAACACACCGGCAUAUGUGCAGCAGCUAGACAGUCACAUUUUCAAACAAAUGUACGCUUUGUCAGUGGACCAACAGCUAGAUAUCGUCUCCAUGAGCAACAUCUACCCCUACAAAGACCUUAAAGAGAUGCAUCGCGGCAUCAUGCGGACCAAUGCGCUACCGUGUGGACCAGAUCUGUCCUUCGCAGGCCUUUUUCUCCAAGCAUGUCGCAUCAACCACGCCUGCGAUAACAACGCCCAAAACUUCUGGAACGACAACAUCGACAAGCUUACCAUCCAUGCCGUCAGAGAUAUCGGCCAAGGCGAGGAGAUUACCAUAUCCUAUUUGAGCAGUUCCCAGAACCCCCAGGCGAGACAGCAAGAAUUGCAGCACAAUUUCAAGUUCUCUUGUGCGUGUCGAUUAUGCUCUUUGCCGUCUGAGCAGAGCAAAGCCCUGGAUGCGAAAUUAGAUCGUAUCGUAGAAAUCGAUACUAUCAUUGAAGAGGCUGGUACACAGGGUCUCGUUUCCCCCGCACGCCGCAUGCUCGGCUACGUCGAUGAACAAGUCAGACUUUGGGAUGGUCACACAAUCGGUCUGGCUAGAGCGUAUCCUGAUGCAUUCCAAUUAUCCAUCGCAAAUGGAGAUCUAGCUCGCGCGCGUGUUUUUGCAGGAAGGACCCUGCAGCUAUGUUUGAUCGCUAUGGGGGACGACAGCCCUGAUGUGACUGAAUAUGCGGGACUUGUCCGGGACCCGACAGCUCAUCCCUACUACGGCAUGUCGAUGCAGUGGAAGACAGGGCUGAAAGAUGCGCCGCAGGACAUGGAUCUAGAGGAGUUUGAGAAUUGGCUGUGGAAGAGGAAUGGCAGAACUGUGAAGAAGAAGUACGUGAAGCCGCGCGCAGGGGCUUGA